AGGAUGCCUCGGCGCAGGCUCCGGGCGGGUGCAGGCUGGGCUCAGCUCUGCUGGACCUGCGCUGGGGGACUCUAGCCUCGCUGCGCUCAUGGCUUCUCCUAGCAAGGCAGCGAUCGUUCCCGGGAACGGAGGCGGGGAUGUGACCACGCACGGCUGGUAUGGCUGGGUGAAAAAGGAACUGGAGAAGAUACCUGGUUUCCAGUGUUUGGCUAAAAACAUGCCCGACCCAAUUACAGCACGGGAGAGCAUCUGGCUGCCGUUCAUGGAGACAGAGCUGCACUGUGAUGAGACGACCAUCAUCAUUGGCCACAGUUCUGGGGCCAUUGCGGCCAUGAGGUAUGCAGAAACACAUCGAGUAUAUGCUAUUGUAUUAGUGUCUGCAUACACAUCAGACUUGGGGGACGAAAAUGAGCGUGCAAGUGGAUACUUCAACCGCCCCUGGCAAUGGGAGAAGAUCAAGGCCAACUGCCCUUACAUUGUACAGUUUGGCUCCACUGAUGACCCGUUCCUUCCCUGGAAGGAACAACAAGAAGUGGCCGAUAGGUUGGAAACCAAAUUGCACAAAUUCACUGACCGUGGUCACUUUCAGAACACAGAAUUUCAUGAACUGAUUACUGUGGUAAAGUCUUUGCUGAAAGUACCAGCAUAGACUGGAUGAUUUCUGCUAUUUCGCAUCUCAAUAUAGGGGUAGAGUAAUAAUAUCUACUAUCAGCCGAUUACUAGACACAUGAAACAUCCAGUUAAGUUCCAAAAGUGCCUGAAAAGCAAACACGUUUCAAUCUAAGUUACACAUGGCAUUUCCAUUUCCCACAGACUCUUAAAACUCCCCAAAUUGCUGUGAACUACAGCAGUAUUUUCCUCAUUUGAUAAGAAACAUAAGGACAGCUUAACUACCCUUUUCUAUCCAACGUAAGUCAGAAACAGAACCCAGGUUUCCUGAUUCCCACUCCCGAGUAAAACUAAAUAAUAGGUUUUAUCUACGUUGAAGGUAUUGCAUUCUUUUCCUCUUUGAAAUCAAACUUUUCUAUUUCACUGGGGAAAGAAAACAUGACUGAAAGUCCAGAGUUUAGCUUAGAGCUCAAAAUACUAGCUGCUGUUUCAAGCUGGCCCAGGGCCUUAAACCCAGACCUUUGACACUUGCCCCUGAGUUGUUCAGACAUGUUGAGAGAGACCGAGACAGGAGUCUUCCAGAGUCAGGCAGGAAGGAGAAGCACAGCAAUAUACAUACAUAAAUAUACAUACAACUAACUAGAUUUGUUUAAGGCAAGAGUGGUGGGACCAAGGCCACGUGGAGAGCUCAUGGCCUGUCUAAAUUGUUGCCAUGUGGAACUGGGGCAGUGUUGCCAGUUUUCUGAUUUUGUGUGUCUGUAUGUGGAAAAAAUCUCCAAAUUAUGGUUUUAAAAUUUGGGGAAUAUACAUACACACACAUACACAUGCAUACAUACCUACAUACACACAAUCCAUAUACAUAUGGAUUAUGUUAGUUGGUAACAACAGUAUAUAUCAAAAAAUUUACAAACUGCAAGACAAAUAAAAUACAAGUCAUCCAUUCGUGACCAUAGUCAUAAGCAAUAACCUGGCCAGGGGCUUUUAGAUAAUUGUGAAGUCUGAGAAAAGACAAAGAUAACCAAAAUGAACAUAAUGUCAAAGGACAAAAUCAUGGGGACAAUUUGGAUUCUGUUCUAAAGUCAAGUGUUUUUCAAAAGAACCUUUCCAUACUUCAUGUUCUGUUCUAUAGAGUUAAACCUUUUAGCUUCUAUGGUCCUUUAGAUCUCUUCCUUGCACAUUCCAUUUUUCUUCUGAUCAUACUUCUUCAAAAAACCCUUUUUUGGCUGGGUGUGGUGGCUCAUGCCUCUAAUGCCAGCACUAUGGGAGGCUGAGGUGGUUGUAUUGCUUGAGGCCAGCAAGGGCAACAUAGCAAGACCCCAUCUCUACAAAAUAUUAAAAAAUUAGCUGGGUGUGGUAGUGUACACCGGUAGUCCUAGCUACUUGGAAGGCUGAGGCAGGAUUGCUUGAGCCCAGGAGUUUGAGGCUUCCGUGAGCUAUGAUCUUGCUGCUGUACUCCAUCCUGUGUGAUGGAGCCAAGAACCUGUCUGUUAAAAAAAUAAUAAUAAUUAAAAGAAUACCCUUUUUCAUUUCCCAACAUUUUUUGGCUAGUAUGAUCUCUAAGUGUUCCUUCAAAUAAUUUCCAGUGACACCACACUUGAUGUUGCAGAGCCUAAGUUUGCUGCAGAAAUAUAAUUUCCUAUACUUCAUGCCAGAAGGAGAUUCCGAGUGAUCACUUAAACGAAAAAUCUUGGUUUUUAAAUGUGCUUAGACAAAAAAAUCAGCAAAGGUACUCUAAACAUUUAACAGCAAUCAUCUUUGGGGAAUGGGCAUUUUAGUAGGUACAGAGUGGUAGACCUCCUUAUUUUACUUUCUCCACCUGAGAAAUUAUUUGAAUUUGUUACACUAAACAUGUAUUUUCUAAUCAAAAAUAAUUAAGAUUUAAAACAACAUAUUUGGCUACUAAAAAGCAAAUUAUGUAUGUCAGUUGAAUAAUUAUGUUGUUAAAGAGGCUGUUUAGCACUAAUGUGACCAAAUCUAUAGUCAAAGUUUGAUUUUACUUGAAUUUUUUGGAAAUUUGUUAUUGGCAUUACUCUCUGCCUUGUUCUUUGUGAAGUCCUUUCCUAAAAAACCAAACUUAUACAAUCUAGUUCACAAAAUUUUGUUGACCUCUUCCUCUGUAGAAGUGAAAACCAAAUACAUAUAAUUGAAAAAUAAUUCUGAUAUCUUCAUUCCUAUAAAUUUAGACCUAUAAGAUUGUUGAGCUUUGCUACCAAAUAUAGUAACCAGUAACCACAGUUAACUGUAAAAUUGAAAAUUCAGUUCAGCCAAACUAGCCAUAUUUCAAGUGCUCAGCAGCCACUAGUGGCUAUUGGCUACCAUAUUGACCAGCCAAUAUAGGCUAUUUCCAUCAUUAUAGAAAGCUCUAUUGGACAGUACUGGUCUAGGACAUAUAUUUUAUAUUUUCCCCUCACCCACCAUCCAAUAAUGAGUAAUAGUUCAAAGUGAAAGUGACUUAAUUUGAAAUUACUUCUUUUUGGCUAGUUUGCUUAGCUGAUCACCACGAACAUCGUAGGUCUAUAAAAUUUACUAAAUCGCCAAACUAAGAUUAGGGACAUUUCAUGGGAGAAUCCAGACAAACUAUUCAUUAAAAACCACAGAGUCAUGGACUGUCAUGAUUUCUGUUUUGAUUCUUUGUGGUCAUCAUUGAGUAUACAUGGGCAUCUACAUACACUGGGGAGUAUCUAUUCUCAGGUGAGCAAAAUACCAAAUAACGAAUGGAAACCAACUGUAGCUAUUAGACUUCAUAUGCAAUUUGAUUUUUUGGUGCUGUCAAGAGUCUAGAGUCCCCUUGUUUUGGUUACAGUUUAUCCCUAGGAUAAAUGAUCCAUUUAACUAUUCAUCAGAGGUGCUGUAUUUUUUAAUUGUCUCUUGUCUCCAGUUAAUUUUCAGAAUUAAAAACAUGCCAUGGGAAAAA